AAGGUUUCAGCGACAGUCGAAGUCCCGAUCUCUGUCCGGAGUCGGGGACUCAAACGGCGACCACUUUUAGCAAACAGCUGUAGUUAUACCUAUCUGCCACUGGUCCUUGCAGACGCAAGCAGAUACUUGCUGAAUGGGGUAUCCUUUUGGCACAGGGUGUUUCCGUAUUGCUAGUGCGAACCUGAGGGCAUCCCACAUAAGACGUAUGGGUCCGUGCGAGUCGGCAGGCAACGAGGAGGCCGAUAAGCGAAGAGCUUACCCUCAAACGUCAAAGCGAGCAAAGCUCCCAAGGGCUGUGGAUACAACACCGUACGUCAGCACACACCGUGGAGCGAAAAUGAAGUAAGAAAGCAUGUAGACAGUGGAAGAUAACACAACAAGGGCCUUGUCGGGAGAGUAGGGAGCACCUUCGGGGCGGAGCCUGUGCUCAAAGUUCGCGCGACUGUAAAAUCCUUUGCUGGAUGCGGAUUGCGUUUAUGGGAUCGGGGAUUGAUACUACGUACCUGAGACGGAUAUGAGAGGAAGAUGAACACGCCUUCAUCGUGCUUUUGGGAGAUGCAUCACACCGUUGAGAAUUACGGAAGAAAUUUCUUUUCGUGCCAUAACCUUCGGGUUCGAUAUUAGAUGAAUCGAGGCUUCAUGCAUUCCUGGUAUCCUCUGGAACGGUAGGCCGCAGACCUCGGACGAUCUUCGCAUCGCUGGCGUUAGUUCC